UAUCGAAAAUUAAAAAAAGAGAGAGAAAUAAAAGGGGAUCGAUCCGCUCUUGUAGUUGUAGAGCGUUCCAUUCCACUUCCACAGCAGUGGACUCAGUGAGCAACGGAGGAAGCAACGAUGCGCUCCCGAUCUCUCCUCCUCGUCGCCCUCGCCACCCUUCUUCUCCACGCCUCCGCCUCCGCCUCCGACGACGACCUCGACUACCUCAUCGACAACGCCGACGACAUCCCCGCCAACGACCCCGACGGCUGGCUCCAGGAGGGCUCCCCCGACGACGACGACGACGACGACCUCUUCCACCAUGGCCAGGCCCAGGACCAUCCCAUAGAUGAGACCCACGUCUUCCUCCUCUCCGCCGCCAACUUCUCCGACUUCCUCGCCUCCCACCGCCAUGUCAUGGUCGAGUUCUACGCCCCCUGGUGCGCCCAUUGCCAGGCGCUCGCCCCAGACUACGCCGCCGCCGCCGCCGACCUCUCCCCUCUUGCCCAUCAAGUCGCCCUCGCCAAGGUCGACGCCACCGAGGACACUGAUCUCGCCCAGAAGUACGACGUCCAGGGCUUCCCCACCAUCCUCUUCUUCAUCGACGGCGUUCCCAAGGACUACAACGGCGCAAGAACCAAGGAAGCCAUCGUGUCGUGGGUCAACAAGAAGCUAGCUCCCGGGGUGCAAAACAUCACCACCGUCGACGAGGCGGAGAAGAUACUCACCGGGGAGGACAAGGCCAUUCUUGCCGUCCUCGACUCCCUAUCGGGUGCUCACAGUGAUGAGAUUGCUGCUGCUUCGAGGCUGGAAGAUGCUAUCAACUUUUACCAGACUUCCAAUCCUGAUGUUGCCAAGCUUUUUCACCUUGACCCAGCGGCCAAGCGCCCGUCCUUAGUCCUGCUCAAGAAACAAGAGGAGGAGAAGUUGACCUUCUAUGAUGGGCCAUUCAAAGCAUCUGCAAUUGCCGAUUUUGUAUCUGCAAACAAGCUUCCGUUGGUCAACACCCUCACACAGGAAACUGCUCCUUCCAUUUUUGACAAUCCAAUCAAGAAGCAGAUUUUACUAUUUGUUGUUGCAAACGAAUCGUCGAAAUUUCUGCCCAUCUUUAAGGAAGCAUCAAAAUCAUUCAAGGGGAAGCUUUUGUUUGUCUUUGUGGAGCGUGACAAUGAGGAAGUAGGUGAACCAGUUGCCAACUACUUUGGUAUUACUGGACAAGAGACCACAGUUCUUGCUUACACUGGGAAUGAAGAUGCUAGGAAUUUUUUCCUUGAUGGUGAAAUAUCGGUAGAGAAUAUUAAGAGAUUUGCUGAGGAUUUCUUAGAGGAAAAGCUCACACCGUUCUACAAGUCUGAACCUGUACCUGAAUCUAAUGAAGGAGAUGUCAAAAUUGUUGUUGGAAAAAACCUAGAUCAGAUUGUUUUGGAUGAAUCAAAAGAUGCCCUUUUGGAGAUAUAUGCACCAUGGUGUGGGCAUUGUCAGGAACUGGAGCCUACCUACAACAAGCUAGGAAAGCAUCUCCGUGGCAUUGACUCCCUUGUAAUAGCUAAAAUGGAUGGCACUGCCAAUGAGCAUCCACGUGCAAAGCCUGAUGGAUUCCCAACGAUCCUCUUUUAUCCAGCAGGAAAGAAAAGUUUUGAGCCUAUUACUUUUGAGGGGGACCGUACGGUGGUGGAGAUGUACAAGUUUAUCAAGAAGCACGCUAGCAUCCCUUUCAAACUGAAGCGGCCGGAUUCGUCAGCAACGAAAACAGAGAAGGAUCAGAGCACAGCUUCAACUAAUUUGAGGGGGGAGAGGAGUUCCGGUACAAAUUUCAAGGAUGAGUUGUAGUCUUGUAGAGCGGCAUUGGUGCAACCUUUGAACAAGGCAACGACGCUCUCUAGAAAAGGCUGUUUCUUUUUAUGUAUGCGAGGGCCUGAGGGGCAGCAGAAAGGAAUCCAAAGUUGGUUUCUACUUUCUAUAGAGAGUAUUCCGGUAAGGAGUUAGCUUGGACGAUGUGCAUGUUGAGAUGAACGAAUUGAAUCGAAUCGAAUGGAAUAAAAGCAAACGAAACGGCUUCGAUAUUUGUUUUUUUUCUUUUUGAAACAACUUCGAUAUUUGUUGAUUGUACUGGACUACUGGUUGUCCCAUAUCAGGGCAUAAUCUCAGUAAAAAGGCAAAACGAUCGAUUUGA